UCCAUUUUUCUCCCCCCUCACGCACGCACACGCCGACACGGCACGGCCGUACCCGUACAUGCUCAUGAAGAUCGGGUGCGACGCGUGCGGGCAGGCGGAGGCCGCGGUGCUGUGCUGCGCCGACGAGGCCGCGCUGUGCCGUCGCUGCGACGCCGCCGUGCACUCCGCCAACAAGCUCGCCGGCAGGCACCACCGCGUCGCGCUCCUUUCCUCGGCGCCGGCCGGCUCGUCAUCGCCCGGCACCGGCGACGACGGCGGGACCCACCCCGCCUGCGACAUCUGCCAGGAGAAAACGGGCUACUUCUUCUGUGUGGAGGAUAGAGCCCUCCUGUGCCGAAGCUGCGACAUCACCAUCCACACCGCGACUCCCCAUGCUUCCACCCACCGCCGAUUCCUCAUCACCGGCGUCCGCGUCGGUGUUGAUCAGGACCAUAUCGGCGAUGUCAGUGGCGCCACGGUCGGCAGCCCCAGCAACAACAGCGCCAACGGAAGCAAUAGCAUGCCCACCUCUGAGAACUUCGCCAUUGCCAACGGCCAGCGGUCGGAGGAGGGGGCGGGGCUGAUCGGAGGAGGAGAAGACGACAUUGGCCAGCAACAGCAAUGGCCUUGGAGCGAUAUUUUUGCUGAGGAUGGCGUUGGCAUGGAUCAACACCAGUGCUACCCUGGCUUCUCUGAACCUGGUUCCUCCAGCCUCACCGGAUGAUGAAAGCUCAACUUAAAUGGAUAUAUUACGUCCUCCAUUCCAUAUUACUUGCUGUUGAUUUAGUACAAUGGAUCGGAGGGAGUAUGUAUUUGGCAUGAGUUGAUAGAAAAAGCAAUUAUAA